AGUCAAACGAGGUGUCUCAGUGGCUGGAGAGAACUGAAGCGAUCCAGCUCUGAGGUGCUGGUGGGAGAAGAAACGUACGGUGCAUCCUCACCUGAGGACGAGAGUCCCAGUCUCCUGAGGACCUGGAGAUUCAGUUCACACUUCAGGCAGAAGGGAGAAGAAGCCUCAGUUCCCUGAAGCAACUUUAUUCAAACUCUAACAAGCAUUCAAGGAGCCUGAGCAUGGGGAGUCCAGGUUGUGAGCACACGGGCUGCAGCACACGCUCGCCUGUCUACAUCACUCACCCCCACACUAACCCCAGGGUGGCCUGGCUGGACGAGGCCGAGGACAUCAAACCGCCCCGCAGUUUGCUGGGGCUUCCUGAGCUCAGCUGGCCUGGGGUGUACCUCCCCUGCUACGACCGAUUAGUCAUAGAGGAGAACCCCUGGGUGCUGGGGAUGACAGAGGCCUCCACUCCUGCCGCUCCCUCCUGCAGGACUCUGGAGCAAAGCCCACCUGCCCCCGGCCAGGCCCACGCUUCCUCCCCUGAAGCGGAAGGUCAGGUGGAGGAGCGCUGCCUGGAGCAAGUCCAAACCAUGGUGGUGGGAGAGGUGCUGAAAGAUGUCGACACGGCCUGCAAGCUGCUCAACAUCGCACCAGACCCGUUGGACUGGAGCUGCAUGCAUGUUCAGAAGUGGCUGCUCUGGACAGAGCACCUGUACAGGCUGCAGCAGGUCAGCACCAUGUUUCAGGAGCUGACCGGGAGGGAUCUGUGCUCCAUGACCGAAGCAGACUUCAGACAACGCUCUCUGCAGUUUGGAGACGUGCUGUACGCCCAUCUGGACAUCUGGAGAUCUGCGGCUGCAAUGAAGGAGCGCUGCCCACCAGAAGAGAGCAAGUCUGUAGCGGACGAGGGUUCCUGGUCAGAGGUGAUGUGUAACUACCCCAGUCAGCCCAUCCACUUGUGGCAGUUCCUCCAAGAGCUGCUCCUCAAACCACAUAACUACAGCCGCUGCAUCCGCUGGAUCAACAAAGAGAAAGGAAUAUUUAAAAUCGAGGACUCGGCUCACGUGGCCAGGCUGUGGGGCAUCAGGAAAAACCGUCCGGCUAUGAACUAUGACAAACUGAGUCGCUCCAUACGCCAGUACUAUAAGAAGGGAAUCAUCCGGAAGCCCGACGUAUCCCGCAGACUGGUCUACCAGUUCGUCAACCCUGUAUGAUGGACGAGGAUCAGCCGCUCAGACUGAGCUCAUGGCCAUCCAAAGAUAUGCUGGACAUACAGUCGAAUAACAUGAACUCUGACGCUGUUUGAAUUUGAUGUUUCGUGUCACUUGUAAAGACUGCCUACAGAAACACGCACUCCUGCCUAUGAUAGUUUCACUCUACUUUACAGUUCUUAAAAGAAGUGGAUUUACUUUUGUUUGUCUCUUUAUAGUCUUCAGCACUUGUGUCUCUUUGGUGCAAUGUCCGGUUUCUCAAAUGACCAUUUUUCACCUGACAGUGGAAAAGAGCUUUUUCUCUUUCCUGCAGAGAGUCAGAUGAAAAGACAGCGCACAUGUUUGCGCUCUAAAUACUGGAGGGAGCAGUUAACUUAACAUCGAUUCUGGAAGCCAAUCUACAGCCAGAUCUAUCCAAAGGUAACUAGAAUGGCCCUGAGUGGAGCACAUAACUCCACCAAGGCCCAACACUCCCCUUUUUAUACCACAUAGAAAUGUACUAGAUCUGCAACAAACUGCACAAUAUUAGUACCCAAAACAUGUCUGAUUUUCUUUUGCAUUAAGAUCUGUGAAUUAUUUUCUGAGAAAUUACAGAAAAUGUUGCAAAAAAAUCCACCCUGUUCCAGAUCUGCAGCAAAAUUGAAUGGGUUCUUCCUUGAACCAUACAGCAACCUUCCGUUUUGUGGUAAUCCGCCCAGUAGUUUUUUGUGAUCCUGCUAACAGACAAACAAACAUGGAUUAAAACAUACCCUCCUACACAAAGCGUCCGUGAGCAUACUUGUAUUUAUAUAUGUUAUACUCUAUGCUCUUUGUGUAAUAAGAGGAUUGUGUUUCCGCAUGUCCGUUGCUCGUGCCAAGCUAAGCUAACUGGCUGCUGGCUCCAGUUACAUAUUUAUUUAUUCAUUCUGACAAUUUUUAUCUUCUAAUUAAACUUUUUAUGGAGUUAGUGUAAUUCUCAAAAUGUCAAACUUUUCAUUUAAAAUCUCUUUGUUUUUUUAACAGACUUUUCCAAUUAGUCCAGUAAUUAUUACACAGCAAUGAAAUACGUGGAUAUUUUAUCAAACCUGCAGUGAUUAAUAUUCCUAUGCAUUUCCUCCUUAGAC